UUGGCGCUAUCGGACAUUAACGCGGUUAGGUCCUCCCUUUUCAGAACACCGAAGUACUAUUAAUGUUCAUGCCGCUUCAUCUGACGUCACUACUCGUGUACAGGCUUUCAACUGUUGUCGGCGUGCGAUUGAAAAGUAUGAAAGCGUUGCACUAUCAGGCGCGACGCGGUGCAUGCUGCGCGGAACCUCUCUAGAAUGUAGUGGUAUUGUGUAGGCCUUGAAAGGGUUUGACGAGAAGGGAUGCGUGCGCGAUCAGGGCAGCCGGUAACGUCGAAUCACGGAGACCCCGGCAACUUUUCCUGAUGCGUGGCAGAUGGUAGACAUUUUUGCUUUAUUUUGGGGGAUUUACAUUGGGUCAUAGCUAGCUAUACAUUACUGACGCGUGUAGCUAGCGUUGACUGGACCCAGGUAACUAUACAGCCAUGGCUACAAGACUUUCUGACCUUUUCUCAAACAGUCGCCUUGUCAUUGGAUUACUUGCCAACUUGCUGUCAUCGAUAUGCAUUGUUUUUAUCAACAAAUGGAUCUAUGUUCACUAUGGCUUCCCAAACAUGACUCUAACGCUGAUUCAUUUCGUGGUGACAUGGCUUGGACUAUGGGUAUGCCAGAAGAUGGACAUAUUUGCGCCGAAGAGUCUCCAACCCACCAAAAUUAUCUGGCUUGCUCUUAGCUUCUGUGGCUUUGUUGCAUUCACCAAUUUGUCCUUACAAAACAACACCAUUGGUACUUACCAGCUUGCCAAAGCGAUGACAACGCCCGUGAUCAUUGGCAUACAAACUAUGUAUUACAAGAAGACCUUCUCUACCAAGAUCAAGUUAACAUUGGUACCCAUAACAUUAGGUGUGAUUCUGAACUCCUACUAUGACGUGAGGUUCAGUCUACUGGGGGUAGUCUUUGCCACACUAGGAGUUUUUGUCACCUCCCUUUACCAAGUGUGGGUAGGUGCCAAGCAGCAUGAGCUCCAGGUGAACUCAAUGCAGCUGCUCUACUACCAGGCUCCCAUGUCCUCCGCCUUCCUCCUCACCCUUGUGCCCUUCUUUGAGCCUCUCUCCGGGGAAGGUGGCAUCUUUGGACCCUGGUCCUUCCCAGCACUGGCCAUGGUGAUGUUAUCUGGCCUCAUUGCCUUUCUGGUCAACCUGUCCAUCUACUGGAUCAUAGGCAACACCUCUGCGGUCACCUACAACAUGUUCGGCCACUUCAAAUUCUGCAUCACCUUGAUAGGGGGCUAUGUCCUCUUCCAAGACCCCCUCUCUCUAAACCAGGGCGUGGGCAUCCUCUGUACGCUCACUGGCAUUCUAUCCUACACCCACUUCAAGCUGGCGGAGCAGGAGGAGGGCAAGAGCAGGCUGGUUCAGAGACCAUGAUAAUUCUGCUUCCAUUGGCUUUUUAAAAAGUCACUGGAUGACACUUUAGAAUUCUAUGGUUAGAACGUGAUUGGAUGAAACUGUAGAAUUCUAUGGUUAGAACGUGAUUGGAUGAAACUGUAGAAUUCUAUGGUUAGAACGUGAUUGGAUGAAACUGUAGAAUUCUAUGGUUAGAACGUGAUUGGAUGAAACUGUAGAAUUAUGGUUAGAAUGUGAUUGUUGACUGAAGGGGAACUGGAAGUGCCCAGAGUUAUGUCAUAAGACCAGGGAACUAAACACUGAUGUUCUGUAAAAGGAAAAACACCAUGAACCCAGUAAUAAUUGUGAAGAAGAUAUGGCCAGUAUUCUUGCCAGUACGAUCAAAGACAAUGUCCCAAUGCUGAAUAUGUUUAUUUGGAUUUUUUCUCAUUAUUUAAUGUUUUUUUCAUACUCUGGUCUCCAAUAAAUAUUAUUUUACUGAUA